AUGUGGCGAGGAAGGUUCACAGGUGGCUAUCAAAAUCGAUUUGUGAGCUCGAAAUCGUCGGGAACAUCAAGCUUAAAUGAUGGACAAACUUCGAUGAACAACGUGCCUCCGCCAGCUUCGUUAACGACAAGUAACGGUCCAGUGGCUCCGCCAACUAGAAAUGUCUACAUGUCAGCAGCGAAACAAAAGGAACUUGAAAAAGAGCAGGAGUAUGCGAAUUUAAUGGCUUAUGGCACGAAAACUGAGAAGAAAGAAAGAAAACGAAGAAUUUAUGAUGAUGAGUAUCUGGAAGGAUCCGAUGAUGAAAGCUCAUCGAAAUGUGAGAAAAAUCCGCCAAAAAAAGAAGAGGAGGAAGAAGAAGACGAACUAGAUGCAUUUAUGGCUGGAAUCAAUGAGCAAGCAACCAAGGAUAAAGAAGUUUCUGAGCAAAAAGAAAAAGAUCGAGCCGCUGGAAAAGAUGCAGAUCAGGAUAAAAAAGGAAUUGGAAGAGCGGAUAUUGACGAGGAAGAUAUGCAAGAAUCAAUGUUCAAAUAUCUGGAAGAAUAUAAAGAACGACAAGAGAAUGAAGAAGAGCAAUACGAAUAUGAUGAAGACGGCAACAUUAUAUGGACUUGGAAGAAAGUUAUUGAUCCUCUUCCGCCGAUUGAUCAUUCACAAAUCACUUAUCCGAAGUUUAAUAAGAACUUUUAUGAAGAACACGAGGAUAUUAAACGACUUCAAUAUAUGGAUAUUGUUCGGCUUAAAAAUAAAAUGAAUCUACGAGUGGGUGGAAUGAACGCACCGAAGCCAGUCUGCUCAUUCGCCCAUUUUUCGUUCGAUAAAUUGUUAAUGGAUGCGAUAUGCAAGUCUGAAUUUGAACAUCCUACUCCAAUUCAAGCUAUGGCUAUUCCUGCUGCUUUAUCUGGACGAGAUGUGUUAGGAAUUGCCAAAACUGGUAGCGGUAAAACGGCGGCAUAUCUUUGGCCCGCAAUCGUUCAUAUUAUGGAUCAACCAGAUUUGAAAUCCGGAGAAGGUCCCAUCGCUUUAGUAGUUGUGCCAACUCGCGAACUAGCCGUUCAAGUGUAUCAAGAAGCAAAAAAGUUUUGCAAAAUCUAUAAUAUUAACGUGAUUUGUGCAUACGGAGGUGGAAGCAAGUACGAGCAAUCAAAUGAGCUGCAGAAUGAAGGUGCCGAAUUGGUGAUUUGCACGCCGGGACGAAUUAUUGAUCUUGUUAAAAUGGAAGCCACCAAUUUUUUACGGACCACGUUUUUAGUAUUUGAUGAAGCCGAUAGGAUGUUUGAUAUGGGAUUCGAAGCACAAGUUAAAUCUAUUUCUGAUCAUGUUCGUCCAGAUCGACAAUGCCUUAUGUUCAGUGCAACCUUCAAGCAAAAGGUCGAAAGACUUGCUCGAGAUGCAUUAGUCGAUCCAGUGCGAAUUGUCCAAGGUGAGGUCGGAGAAGCGAAUGAAGAUGUCGAACAGAAGGUGUUGGUUCUUCCUGAUCAAGAUGCUAAGUGGGCGUGGCUUACACAGAACUUGGUCAAUUUUGCCUCUCUCGGCAAAGUUUUGGUUUUCGUUACCAAAAAGCUUAAUGCUGAGGAAGUGGCUCGUAAAUUGAAACUUCGAGAUUUUGACAUCGUCUUAUUACAUGGAGAUAUGCUUCAAGCUGAAAGAAAUGAAAAUUUGUUGAAAUUCCGCAAGAAGCAGCAGAUAAUGGUUGCUACUGAUGUAGCGGCUCGCGGUUUGGAUAUUGCUGAAAUUCGAACGGUGGUAAACUAUGAUAUGGCUAGGGAUAUUGAUACGCAUGUGCAUCGAAUUGGACGAACUGGACGAGCUGGAAACAAGGGGACCGCUUAUACAUUAGUUACCGAUAAAGACGUAGAAAUGGUUGGGCAUCUUGUGAAGAAUCUGGAAAGUGUUUCACAAGAAGUUCCGAAACCUUUAAUGGACCUUGCAAUGAAAAGCUCGUGGUUUCAAAGUCAGCGUAAUUCAUCUGGUGGAUCGGUGCAGAAUCGGGGAAGGCUAGGAUUGGGAUAUAAGCCGAAAGUGCGGAAUGAGCAAAGUUCUUCGCAUGAUCCUCUAAAGGAACAGAAACAUAAACACACUCAUCAAACUGUUGAGCAAAUGAUGCGCAGCGCUGGUUCUACAGCGACUUCAGCUGCCGCUUCGGCCAACGCUUCUGGAGCGAACUUCAAUAGAGCACAAAUUAUGAAGAACGUCUUCCAGAAAUCCUUCAAAUCGACGUUCCAAAAACCACAAUUCGAGUCAUCAAAUCUACCUCAACAAGUCGCUUCUGAUCCACGACCCGAAUGGAAAAAGAAAAUCGACGAAUUGAACGCACAACUUGCCGCGCAGCAAUCGGACACACACGAAGAAUCUCAAAGUGCUCCCAAGAAGAGUCGAUGGCAAUAA